UUGAUCAUACAUGUAAAAUAAACCUAGUCACAUUUUUACCGCCAGGUUUUUUAUUUUGUGAAUUAUUUUUUAAGUUACAAAUAUUGAAUAUCAAGCCAUUUGGACCAAACUUGUAUCAUUCAUUUAACUUCUAUUCACUAACAACUAUUCGGUAUACUGUUAAUCGUCCAAGAAGAUAAACACUUUCACUAUUUCAAUUGAUUGACAAGUUUAGUAAUCAAGUUACCGGUUCUAAUAACGCCGCAAAUACAUGAACAAAUUGGUGUAAGGUGACAAAUAAUUGGAUCCAAACUACAACAAAACCCAUGAGAGCAGCCAAUUAGCUUAAACCAUUUUAAAUUUGCGCGGUAACCCGAGAAACCAGGGUGGGAGGCUGUAAUAGAAAAUUUCAUAGAGAAUUGGAGGAAGAAGAAGAAGAGCCGGCAGUUAGGAAAUCUGGAAAUCGCCCAAAUCAUAGUUGUGGAAGGGAAGGGAAGGGGGAACCUUGGAAGGAACAAAUCCAAAAAAAAAAAAACAAAGAAAAAAGGUAGUAGAAAGAAAUAGAGAGGGUUUGGGGGAGGGAAUCAAACAACAUAAACGAAUUCCAUCACCGCCAUCAACAGAAAACCCACAAACAAAUCUCUUUCUUCUUCCUAUUUUCUAACAUCCCUUCUGUUUUGGGCUGUAAAGUUUCCGAUUGCCCUUUGGUAUAGGGAUGAUGAACUUGGUGAAUGAGAAUUGAGAAAUUCUUGCACUCUACUUGUUUGAUAAUUUUCUCCUGAAAAUAUAACAGAGGAAAAGAGAACACGGCGGAGGAAGAGCAAUAUUGGAAGAAUACAACGAGGAAUCGGAGGGGAAAUAAAAUGUCAAACUCGGCGAAGUUGCCGGGUCUCGAACAAAAUUUCUCAGUUGUUUCCAAGGCGGAUGAUAAUUCCACGGAAGGUUCAGAUACUACUACAACAGUCGUUUCCCCUCCUCCACCCGAUGAUGGCUCCACGUCUCCGUCUUCAGGCGAUGGAGGAUCUGAUUCAGGUUCCAAUGCCUCUCCUCCCGCUAAUAACAAAACAAAUAAUGAAACUAGCAAUGGUUCACCAUCACCACCGCCGCCGUCAGGGUCAAAUUCUAGCAAUAAUCAAGGAUCUGCGGACGCUCCUGAUGACUCGGGAACGCCACCGCCUCCACCACCCUCAUCGUCAUCGACCGCAAAAUCACCUCCCGCGUCGCAAAAUUCUCCUACCCCUGCUCCUCCCCCGCCUCCUUCUAACUCAGGAAACCAAUCUCCUCCCUCGUCAACGGGCCAGCCAUCUCCACAAAGUGGUGGGAAAUCACCACCCCAACAACCAUCGACAGGAAAACCCAAUAAUCCCCAGACACCUUCCGGCGACGGUUCUUCUCCUGCCCCAAGGACGCAAACAGCUACCCCAACACCGCCAGGGACACCUUCUGUGCCGCUAAGUUUAGGAGGAUUCAAUCCUCCCCCGGCAAUCGGGUCCCCACCAUCUGAAACCAGCCCUACUCGCGGAAAUGUGCCUAGUAGUGCCUCUUCGACAUCCCAAGAUGGUUCGAUUGAUUCGGCUUCGAAUUCAAAAGCAACAGGAAAUUCUGGAAACUCAAGUAAUGGGAACGGGAAUUCGGCUACCACAGCUAUAAUUGUGGCAAGCACAGUUGUGGUCAGCGUCAUACUCAUCGCACUUAUCGCAGUCAUCAUCGCUACUAGGAAGAAAAAAAGACGUCAUGACCCUCCUUACAUGACUCCUCCCAGUAAUUUCUCUGCAAUGCAACAAUCUGACCCAUACUAUUACGGACAAGCAGGUGGUCCGCAUUCAAUGGGUUACUCUAGCCAGAACCACUCGUAUGCGUCACAACAAAAUUCAGGGGCGUUUAGCGGAGGAAGCCAGAGAGGCAUGAGCUCGGGCCCGGAUUCAGGGCUCAUCGGAGGGGGGAAGUCCUUCUUCAGCUACGAAGAGGUGAUGGAAAUGACGCGUGGAUUUUCUCGUGAGAACAUUAUAGGGGAAGGCGGAUUUGGAUGCGUGUUCAAAGGGUGGCAGCCCGAUGGGAAAAUGGUGGCCGUGAAGCAGCUCAAGGCAGGGAGUGGACAAGGAGAUCGAGAGUUCAAGGCCGAGGUUGAGAUAAUUAGUCGUGUCCACCAUCGCCACCUCGUAUCUUUGGUUGGUUACAGCAUGUCAGAUGCUCAAAGGCUGCUCAUUUACGAGUUCCUUCCCAAUAACACCCUUGAGUAUCACUUGCAUGCAAAAGGGCCAGGGUUGGAUUGGUCUCAAAGACUGAAAAUUGCCAUAGGGGCAGCUAAGGGAUUGGCUUACUUGCAUGAAGAUUGCAACCCAAAAAUCAUUCAUAGAGACAUCAAGUCAGCAAACAUUUUAUUGGGUAGUGAUUUUGAGGCACAGGUUGCAGAUUUUGGUCUUGCCAGACUAAAUGAUACUACUCAAACACAUGUUUCAACUCGUGUGAUGGGAACAUUUGGGUACCUGGCUCCAGAGUAUGCUCAAAGUGGGAAGCUAACUGAUAGAUCCGAUGUGUACUCGUUUGGGGUUGUUCUUCUAGAGCUUAUAACUGGGCGGAAGCCUGUAGAUUCAAGUCGUCCCCUUGGGGAUGAAAGCCUGGUUGAAUGGGCUCGUCCUCACCUUAUGCAUGCCAUGGAAACGGGAGAUCUUGGUGAGCUAGUCGAUCCUCGACUAGAGAAGCGAUACGUGGAAGCAGAAAUGAUGAGGAUGAUCGAGACGGCGGCUGCUUGUAUCCGCCACUCUGCUCCCAAGAGGCCAAGAAUGAUGCAGGUAGUGAGAGCAUUAGACAGCGAUGAAACAGGAGACCUCACCAACGGGAUGAAGUAUGGACAAAGCACAAUGUACAACUCUGGCCAGUACAACGAAGAGAUAAUGAAGUUCAGGAGGAUGGCACUAGGUUCAGAUGACAGCGGGGAGUUUGGCUACAGUACCGGAGAUUUCACCACAAGAGAGAUGUCUCACGGAGUACCAACAACCAAUUCCACUGGGGAUUACUCCAGCAGCGGGGAGUUGGAAACUCGAGCCAUUAAUAGACCCUCAUCAAGAAAUUGGUAGAAGAAGAUACCCCCCCUUAUCAUUCAUUCUAGUAACAAGAAGCGGAAAAGGAUAAAAUGUUAAUCAAGUGCUUGAAAAUUUCACACCCAUAAACUACAUAUGUUCUCCCCCAAACAUCAAUGUUCUUUACUCCAUUCCCUUCCUCCCUCCUUCCCUCCUUCCCCUCCAACUCUUUUGCUCUCCAUGAAAUCUCGAGUUUCAUGAUGUAUAGAUCAAGGAAGUGAGGGUGUAACUCAGUGAAAAGCUUGUGGAAAUGUAAUUUUUCGGCAAAAUGCAAUUUUCUCGUGAUCGUCUACCUAUCUAUUAUAGGAUGAUUGCGAAGUCAAAACUUAAAACCCAAGGAAACAAAAUACAAUGGUCAUGUCUUAUUGAAUCCAAGCACUCAACCCUAUAUUUUAUUAUAUGGUAGGGGUGGUGAAUGGGUGGAUGAGUGUGAUUUUAUCUCAAAUUGACCCACCCACUUACUAGUAAGUACAUAAAAUUUUGACCCAUUAUUCACUUACAUCCUUUUUCGGGUUGGCUAGGUUGGGUGGCGAUAUGUGCAGUUGGGUUGUGGGUUAACCCACAAAAAUAAUAUUCUCCAACUAGCCGGUAAGAAAGUUGAUUAACAUCUAUAACAACUUACUCGCAAAUUAGUAAUAUUGUAUCAAUUAAGACACUUCUCAAUUUGUCUCUUAUGUAUUAGAGUAGUAUUUGCAUAAAAAAUUAUUAAUCAAUCAACCAACUGUGUAGAGAAAGUUGACGCAUUUUGUGACUUUCAUACAGUUAAUAGUUAUAAUUUCCAUCCCAAUAUCUACUAGAUAUUACACAAUGUAGUAACCAAUAAUUGUAGUCCAGAAAUUUAUUUAGGGCUAAUACCUCUACAACACGCGAACUAUAAAAAAAUGUCACUUGUGUCCUAUUUUAUUCAAUAUGACAAUCCAAGGUAACUUCUAAGCUGACAAUCCAAGGUGACUUCUAAGUUUAUCUUUUUGUUUAUUGGACUAAAAUAGACGCAUAAUUCAUUGGCAAUUUCUCUAAUUAAUAGUUGUCACGCUCCAAAUCAAACAAAUACUUCUUCAUAAAUAGUGUGUAGAUCGUCUUCCUUUGAUCCAUAGACUCAUUGGUUAGAGAGUGCAAAUUGCUCUGGAGUCCUCUCACAACAUUUUUGUGAUUUUUCUUGCUCCUUUUGCAAUUGCCUUAUGAGUUAUAUUUUGUUAAAUAUUUCAUACAACGCAGUUAUAGUGUUACCUUCAAUUUGCCGCAAAGCGCAAGUGAGCGAGCCAAUAUCUUGUUUUUUUUGUUAUUUUAAAAUUAAUAUAAGGGUAACACUCGUAUGGUCCAGACGCAUAGCAUGCUCCAGUCUUCUUACACCGUUGAUCUGAUCUAACGGCUAAUAUUAAUAAUAAUUAACUGAUUUAUUAAUUAUGAUUUAAAUAUGACUAAUUGGACCCUUUAUAUUUAUAAACGUGCUCUUUAAUCCUCAUAAGUAAUUUUCAUAUCUUUUUAUAAUACCAUACCUAAUAUCUUCCAAUCAUGAUUUAAACACCCAAAAAUUUACAUAUCCUUUUAUAUUAUCUCUUGCAUUACACAAAACACCUUUCACUUUUGUGUUUCUUUCCCUGUUAUUUAUCCAGCCCCAAUUUCAUUUGACGAUCCCUUUCCUCUCUUCCUUGAACACCAUCAAAAUUCCCCAGACUUCGCCCAUCGUCUAUAAUUCUAUUCUUUCUCAUUCUCAUCGCUAUCCCUGCCAUCGACGGAGAUGGCGGUGCGAAGACGCAAACACACAUGGGGAAGCUGGGGAAAGGGCUGGAGAACUGGGGGAAGGGUUGACGACAACGACGAAAUCGAUGGAGAUGGCGGUGCGGAGACACGGCCACAGAUGGGGAAGGGUUGACGGCCAAGACGAAAUCGAUGGAGAUGGCGGUGUUUGGGGUUUAGGUUUUGAUUGUUGUUUGGUUUUGAUGAUGAUGUGGUUAGCUAUUGCGGCAGUUAUGAUGAACAGAUGAUGACGAUGGAGGUUCAAUUGGAAUGUGAGAUGAUGACGAUCCAUUACUUGGAGCAAAUUUUAAUUGACCUCUUUUUUUUAUCAAUUAUAGAUUUUUGGGUGUUCAAUUAAAAAAGUUUACGAAAUAUUGUACCAUACGCGAAAACAUAACGGUAAUUUUUGUGGGGGGACUUUAUAGCAGGUAUAAUUAUUUAAAAGGUGCAAGUGGUAAUUAUAAUUAUUAAUUUUAACAAAAUUUAUAAUGGCCGUUAGAUUAGAUCUACGGUGCAAAGCACCUGGAGCAUGCUAUGCGUCUGGACCAUACGAGUCGAAUCCUUAAUAUAAUUAUAUAUUAAAAAUAAUCAUAUAUGUCAAUGACAUAGGGUCUACCUGACCGUCACGUCAUCAAAAUUUAGUAUCCUUUUGACCACCUCAAGUCAACCAUUGUCUCUAACGGUCAACAAAAGCGAGAGGAUACAAAUGUCUCAAAUAUCUCAUAUGUGUGUUGUGAUUGUCAUAUUGAAUAAAUAGGAAUAAGUGAU